GGGGAGGGGAAAAGCAAGGAACUUUAGGACUGGAGUGGAAAAAAGAAGCAGCCGAGGAAACUCCUCUCGCCGCGGCCGCGCGCCACCGUACCAGACCGACCACCGGCCGGCUUCCCCCGCCCCCCGGCGAGGAGAGGAGACAAGCCGUACCCAGCCGCACCGCCAAGUAUACGGCGGGAGAAGGGGAUCUCGCUUUCACUUCGUUGCCGCAUGCGCACAGCCCCCUCCUCAUGGCACCACCUAGGGGCUAGGGCACCGCCAGCCCCCUUCUCGUCGUCCUCCCCGCGGUAACUCUGGUGAGCAUCGUAGCCUCAUCGGGCCCGCCCUAUGGAUGUAACUUCGACCGCUGCCGCCUCCGCCUCCGCCUCAGGCGGGGGGAGGUGGUACACGGGCAUGUCGGCGGAUAACAUCAAGGGCCUGGUGCUCGCGCUCUCCUCCAGCCUCUUCAUUGGCGCCAGCUUCAUCAUCAAGAAGAAGGGACUCAAGAAGGCCGCAUCCUCCGGCGUCAGGGCAGUGUCUGAUACUCACGUACAUGACACCUCCGACUUAUGCCCAAAAUCGAGAAGACUUAUGCCAUGUUGUAUCUCCAACCCCCUCCUCCCCCUCCUACAGGAGGGUUGGUGGUUAUUCUUAUUUGUAUGAGCCUCUUUGGUGGAUUGGCAUGAUAACAAUGAUUGUUGGAGAAGUUGCAAAUUUCGCAGCCUAUGCAUUUGCUCCGGCUAUUUUGGUCACUCCUCUUGGUGCUCUUAGCAUUAUUAUCAGUGCUGUGCUUGCACAUGUAAUGCUGCGGGAGAAGCUGCACAUAUUCGGAAUUCUUGGAUGUGUCCUAUGUGUUGUGGGAUCCACCACAAUAGUUCUUCAUGCUCCACCAGAGCGUGAAAUUGAGUCGGUGACAGAAGUGUGGGAUCUGGCUACGGAACCAGCCUUCAUGUGUUAUGCAGCAGUGGUAAUUGCUAUAGCUGCCAUACUUGUUUAUCGGUUUGUCCCACUUUAUGGGCAGACACAUGUCAUGGUCUACAUAGGUGUUUGCUCUCUUGUUGGUUCCAUCUCGGUCAUGAGCGUGAAAGCUCUCGGCAUAGCAUUGAAGCUGACCUUUUCAGGAACGAACCAGCUUAUGUACCCACAGACAUGGGCUUUUACUCUGGUUGUCAUCUCAUGUAUUAUUACCCAAAUGAAUUACUUGAACAAGGCACUUGACACGUUUAAUACAGCAGUUGUGUCACCCAUUUAUUAUACCAUGUUCACAUCUUUAACUAUCUUGGCAAGUGUCAUCAUGUUCAAGGACUGGGACAGGCAAAAUCCUACACAAAUUGUGACUGAGAUGUGUGGCUUUGUUACGAUCCUUUCUGGAACUUUUCUUCUACAUAAAACAAAAGACAUGGCUGAUGGUGGGCUUUCGACUUCAUCCUCCUUCCGUCUUCCUACAUCUUCUUCAGUGCGGUUCUCAAAGCAAACAGACGAAGAUGGUGAAGGAAUUCCUCUAAGAUCGUCCGAAUCAUUCCGGUCACCACAUUAACGCUUGUUUGCUAAUCAUUAAUUUGCACGAGUUAGGGGGUGGGUAUAUAUAGAUAAUAUAUCCAUGAGCUUGUACUAAGGGUAUGAUGUAGGGAUCCUCUUUUGAUUUUUUUUUCCUUGGCAGAUUUGUAUGUAUGCCCAACAUCUUGUCGAACUCACAAUAUAUUUUCUCAGUGGUUAGCACUCGAGUGGAAAUCUGCUGCUUGCGUUGCUAUGCGGUCUGGUGGAAUUAUCAGCAUGUUUCUACUGUACUAGUACCUA